CUACGUUCAUGCAACCUUUGACUAGCCUUUGACUGGUCUUAUACAUCCGUUUAGCGAUGAGACAUGAUGAGACCUGAGACAUUGUAUAUCCCUCAAAAAUAGUGCAGAAUACACAUUACCCAUGUUAUGUCAUAGUAUUAAUACAAAUAACAUUGUUGCAAUGGUUUCUCAAAGAAAAUGAAAACUUAUUAGACGCUACUUCUUAUUUUGGACUACGUAGUAAUUGUUUUCUUUCCGAAUUGAGGUUGUGGAUCAUUUCUAAAAUUUCGGCUUCUGUGAGAAUUAUUUUCGUAACCUGUAGUUAAUCUAGACUAAUAAUUGAAAUUGAAAUGGCGCAACAAAAUCCUGUGAUACAGCCAGGAACAACUUCGUCAGAUGUUAGUCCUGGACUUGGCAAUCUGCAGUCAGUAGGUCCUAGCAAUUCAACACCCUCUGUUACAACAACAUUGCAAAGUGGGAGUACCGUUCAAGUACCUCAGCCCCAAACACAGUCGCAGCAAUCACAAUACGUACCUCAAUCAGCUAAAGGUCCACCGGCCCAGCUAUCCCACAGCAGUUCGACUUCGGAGUUUCCACAGUUCCUUACGAAAACACGGUUACAAGAUUUAGUAAGGGAAGUUGAUCCAACUGAGCAAUUGGAUGAGGAAGUGGAAGAAAUGCUAUUACAGUUAGCUGACGACUUUGUCGAAACAACUGUAAACGCUGCUUGUCUUUUAGCUAAACAUCGCCAUGCCAAUACUGUUGAAGUAAAAGAUGUCCAGCUGCAUCUAGAACGGAACUGGAGCAUGUGGAUUCCUGGUUUUGGUACCGAUGAAGUUCGUCCAUACAAACGCGCUACAGUCACCGAAGCUCAUAAGCAGAGAAACAUCAACAUAGCUUACAAUUGAAAAAGAUAUUACACGCCCUGGAAUAAAUCGGGUAUUGAAGAUAUCACGGUGCCUGUUCGCAUUGUGUGUAAUGAUGCGAUUCUAAGAAAAUGACCUAUUGAAUUCUGGAUUAAUGUUGAAGCAGGAAAGAAAGUACGUUUCGAGUAUUAUAUUUUCUAAUUAUUCCAGUGACUACAUUUCAUGUAGUGAUUGUAUGUAGGUAACAAUUACGGGUUUAUUUGAAAUGAGGCGAUAAUUUAAGCUCACAUAUAACUCGGAGAAUGGUGAGAUGUUAAAAAAAAAAGUAUCUACAAAUUUUCGUUGAAAAGAGUGUCGCCAAAGUGCACUGAAUGAUUGGGUCUCUUACUGUUUUCAGCCAGAGACAUUUGUAUAUGUUGGUUAAACAAAGUUUUUGUUCGAUUGCAUGAUUAUAUCGUAUUUUGUCAACAGGUCUUUGACUGCACAUUUGACUAUCAUCUUAGUUAUAAGAAUAUUUUGCUAGGAUAUCAGAGAACCUUUUACAAACUUGUAAAACCUUAUGCGUAAUAUAUUUAUCUGAUGUGCUAGUUUAAUUUUGGUAUCGUUCUUUAAGCAAUAUGUAAUAAGUAAAAGAAAAUUUAAUAUCAAAAGCCAA